AUGCUUCAAAGGAAGCCCCCCAAGGGGCUCUUCUUCCACCAUAUGGAGCGGCGACUCCUUUCAGGCCUACUUGAUAAAGAAAAGGCCUCCAGAAUGACUGGUAGUGUGAUAAAGUUUGACCGCCGCAAGGGAUACGGCUUUAUAAAGCCUAAUGAUGGAGGACCGGACAUCUUCGUUCACUACACGGACAUAUGCCAGGGCAGGACCUUUUCAUUAACGAGUGAAGAGAAAAAAAAACUGAGUUGGUGCUCGAGGGUUGACAUGCCACCUCGCCAAGCAGAAUACGACUACGAAAAUGAAGAUCCCCCUGGAAAAAAGGAGCAAAUAAAAACAGAGUUCAAAUAUUUAGUGCCGGGGGAAAGGGUUAAAUUUUACGUCACCUAUGAUCAGCAAAGCCAUUCGACCAAGGCGACACAUGUGGACUACCUGGACUGA